GCGGUCUCGGCCCCCGGGAGGGGAGGGGCGACCGUUUCUGUCGGCCGAUCCCGACGGCUGGAAAGAGCAGCUCUUUAAGGGGCCGCGGGAGGGGCCCGGCCGGUACGGGCGCCCCCUCCCCGGUCGCCUGCGCGGGCGCUCGGCGCGCGGCCCCAGGAUGCGGAGGAAGGCAGGCAGCUUGGGUCUCACGGCAGGGGAGGCCCAGUGUGGGCCGAAGCCCUUACCAUGGAGUCCAUGUUUGAAGAUGACAUCAGCAUCCUGACCCAAGAAGCUUUAGGGCCCAGUGAGGUGUGGCUGGAUGGUCCUGGAGACGCCUCCCUCGGGGGCGACAUGUGUUCCGCCUCCCACUUUGCGCUCAUCACAGCCUAUGGAGAUAUCAAGGAGCGGCUAGGGGGUCUGGAGAGAGAGAAUGCCACCCUCCGCCGGCGCCUCAAAGUCUACGAGAUCAAGUACCCGCUGAUCACUGAUUUUGGAGAGGAGCAUGGCUUCCCUCUGUAUGAAAUCAAGGAUGGCUCCCUGCUGGAGGUAGAGAAGGUCAGUCUGCAGCAGCGGCUUAACCAGUUCCAGCACGAGUUGCAGAAGAAUAAGGAGCAGGAAGAACAGCUCGGGGAGAUGAUCCAGGCUUACGAGAAACUCUGUGUGGAGAAAAACGACUUGGAGACAGAGCUGGGGGAGAUGCGGGCCCUGGUAGAGACCCACUUGCGGCAGAUCUGUGGUCUGGAGCAGCAGCUGCAGCAGCAGCAAGGUCUCCCGGAUGCAGCCUUCCCCAGCCUGAGCCCUCCACCUGCCCCUGCCACACCCUGUCCUGACCUGGACCUGCACUAUCUGGCUUUGAGAGGGGGACCUGCCUUGGGUCAUGCAGGUUGGCCUGGCCCUCCUAGCGUAAAUGUGAGCGAGCUGGAGCGAAGGCAGCUGGAAGAGGCCUUGGAGGCUGCGCAGGGGGAGGCUCGGGGGGCUCAGCUUCGGGAAGAGCAGCUCCAGGCGGAAUGUGAGAGGCUGCAGGGAGAGCUGAAGCAGCUGCAGGAGACGCGGGCCCAGGAUCUGGCCUCCAACCAGCCGGAAUGUGACAUGGCUUGGGUAAAGAGAGUUGGGGACGAUCAGGUGAACUUGGCGCUGGCCUACACAGAACUGACGGAGGAGCUGGGUCGGCUUCGGGAGUUGAGUUCCCUGCAGGGGAGGAUCUUGAGGACUUUGCUGCAAGAGCAGGCCCGAAACACAGGCCAAAGGCACUCGCCGCUGUCACAGCGCCACUCCCCGGCCCCCGCGUGCCCCUCGCCCUCCCCGCCUGCCAGACCGCCGCCCUGUGCCCCGUGCCAGUCCCCCGCCACGCAGCGCCGCUCGCCGGUGCCCCCGUGCCCUUCGCCCCAGCAGCGCCGCUCGCCCGCCUCGCCCUCCUGCCCGUCGCCGGUCCCACAGCGCCGCUCGCCGGUGCCGCCAUCGUGCCAGUCACCCAGCCCGCAGCGCCGCUCGCCGGUGCCACCCAGCUGCCCGGCCCCGCAGCCCCGGCCGCCGCCGCCCCCGGGCGAGAGGACGCUGGCCGAGCGCGCCUACGCCAAGCCGCCCAGCCACCACGCCAAGGCCGGCUUCCAGGGCCGCCGCAGCUACUCGGAGCUGGCGGAGGGCGCGGCCUAUGCCGGUGCCUCCCCCGCCUGGCUGCAGGCCGAGGCCGCCACGCUCCCCAAGCCCCGCGCCUACGGCGGCGAGCUCUACGGCCCCGGCAGGCCGCUCAGCCCGCGCCGCGCCUUCGAGGGCAUCCGCCUGCGCUUUGAGAAGCAGCCGUCGGAGGAAGAGGAGUGGGCCAUGCCCGCCAGCCCGCCCAGUCCCGAAGCGGGCACCAUCCGCUGCGCCUCGUUCUGUGCGGGCUUCCCCAUCCCGGAGUCACCUGCGGCCACCGCCUACGCCCACGCUGAGCACGCACAGUCCUGGCCAUCCAUCAAUCUUCUGAUGGAGACAGUGGGCUCUGACAUCCGCAGUUGCCCCCUCUGCCAGCUGGGUUUCCCUGUUGGGUACCCAGAUGAUGCCCUCAUCAAACACAUUGACUCCCACCUGGAGAACAGCAAGAUCUAGGGCGCCUCUCCCCCUGCUGGCUGUCUCUGUGCUCUCUCAUCACCCCCCAAACACUCACUUUGAAUGCUGCAUGAAUCUCGUGGGGGGCCCCUGCCCCUUGCGGUCCCCAGAUACCUCCACUAGCUACCGAGUCAAUGUGUGUGUGCCGUCUUCCCUGGUCCGGGCACCACUCAGCUCUAGCUCUUUCCUGGAGGUUGACCAAGGCUCUCUCUCUUCCUGGUUUCCUCUGGGGAGUGGGGAUCUGGUCUGGGAUGGGGAGGACAAACCCUCCACCUCUCUCUGC